CGACCGACCGACCGCUCGACUGGGCCGCCCGGCUGAGCCGCUCAACUAGCGCGCGUCCCCGCGUCCUCUCGCGAGACCCGACGAGAUGUUGGCGACGCGCGGGAGGAGGCUCCUCCUGGCGGCGCGCCCCGUGGGCCUGGGCGGCGGGUGGGGGCCGAGGAGCGGCCGCCCCGAGUCAGAUAUUCACAGUAUAAAGCCAUUGGAUGGUGUGAAAAUUCUAGAUCUAACAAGAGUUCUGGCGGGGCCAUUUGCUACUAUGAAUUUAGGAGAUCUUGGAGCAGAAAUUAUAAAAGUAGAAAGACCAGGAGUUGGUGAUGAUACACGAGCUUGGGGGCCACCUUUUGUUGGAAAAGAGAGUACUUAUUUUCUCAGUGUUAAUCGUAAUAAAAAAAGUAUAGUUGUUAAUAUCAAGGAUCCAAAAGGGGUGAAAAUCAUCAAAGAGCUUGCAGCUGUUUGUGAUGUAUUUGUGGAAAACUUUGUUCCUGGAAAACUUUCUUCAGUGGGCCUAGGAUAUAAAGACAUAGACACGAUUGCUCCUCACAUCAUCUAUUGUUCCAUUACAGGGUAUGGUCAGACAGGUCCACUUUCCCAGCGUGCUGGCUAUGAUGCUAUUGCUUCUGCUGUUUCUGGACUGAUGCAUAUCACUGGACCCAAGGAUGGAGAUCCAGUUCGUCCAGGGGUGGCUAUGACUGACCUUGCCACAGGCCUCUAUGCAUAUGGAGCCAUAAUGGCUGGACUGCUACAAAGACAAAAAACUGGAAAAGGAUUAUUCAUUGACUGUAACUUACUAUCAUCUCAGGUGGCAUGCCUGACCCAUGUAGCUGCUAAUUAUCUUAUUAGCCAAAAGGAAGCAGAACGCUGGGGCACAGCUCAUGGCAGUAUUGUUCCUUACCAGGCUUUUAAAACCAAGGAUGGCUAUCUUGUAGUUGGAGCAGGAAAUGAUCAACAAUUUUCAACUGUCUGUAAGAUCUUGAACUUGCCUGAACUGAUCAAAGAUUCCAAGUACAAAACUAAUUAUCUGCGGGUGAAGAAUAGAAAACAACUGAUUAAAAUAUUAUCUUUACGGUUUGAAGAAGAACUGACCAGCACAUGGUUAUCUCUGUUUGAAGGCAGUGGGGUGCCAUAUGGACCAAUCAACAACAUAAAGAGUGUAUUUGCAGAACCCCAGGUGUUACACAAUGGCCUGAUCAUGGAGAUGCAACAUCCAAGUGUUGGGAAGAUAUCAGUCCCAGGCCCAGCUGUGAGAUACAGUCAGUUCAAGAUAGCAGAGGCCAGUCCACCCCCCCUGCUUGGGCAACACACAAUCCAUAUCCUGAAAGAGGUACUCAAAUAUGAUGACAAGGCCAUCGGGGAGCUGCUCAGUGCUGGAGUGGUGACUCAACACGAGACCAAGUGACAAAACAAAAAGAUGCUCUUCAUACCACAAUUCUUGCAAGCAAAGAAAAUGCUGUUUCUUGGUCCUUCCCUGCAAUUGUGGUGCCUGACAUGGGAAAAAGAGUAACUACAGAUUUCCUUCCUGGU